GAAGUCACGGUUAUCAAUCGGAGGUCCAUCGCUAGCGAGUUACAGCAAAAAAUUUGCCAUGUAAAUGCAACACGAAAACAAAAGUGCAAUAUUAAGCAAUGUAAAAUGUGCUAGAACUGAUUAACUUUAGCUGUGAGAGCUCUGCCGCAAAAGCCAACCCAUCAAGAAAUCAUCGAACUCAAGCGAAAAAGCAAAAUUUAGAGCCAGCUAGCCCACUGGCAAAAGACGUCGCCAUGGAAUCCGCGGACGCACUCGUCGAGGAGCAGAAGCUCAUGGCCGAGGCCAAGUACCGCACAUAUGUGACCAAUAUCGACAAGGCGCUGCGCAAUUUCGAGUACUCCAGCGAAUGGGCGGAUUUGAUAUCGGCUCUGGGCAAGCUCAGCAAGGCGAUAUCGAGCAAUACGCAGUACCAGGUCAUACCCCGGCGACUGAAGAUAGCCAAGCGACUGGCCCAAUGCAUGCAUCCCGCCCUGCCCUCCGGGGUGCAUCUGAAGGCCCUGGAGACCUAUUCGGUGAUAUUCAGCAAAACAGGACCGGAGCGCCUGGCCACGGAGUUUAUAUAUAGCGCUGGGCUUUUCCCGCUCCUUGGGUACGCGGCCAUGAAUGUACGUCCCGCCCUGUUGGCUAUCUAUGAAACCUAUUUCGUACCCCUGGGUGACAAACUGAGGCCCGCUCUAAGCGGUUUCCUGAAUGGCGUGCUACCUGGCUACGACUGCGGUCUGGAUCACUUCGAGCGGAUUAGCACUCUACUGAAACAAGUCUGCAAUGCCGUCAAUCCCAUGCACUUUUACACAGUUCUUUGGGAAUCGGUGGCCAACAAUGCGGCCAUUCGUCUGCCGGCCAUCACCUACCUGCUGGAGCACUUUAACAAGCGAUUGGACAUGCAGGAGCAGAUCUAUAUUAUGGGACACAACCGGGAGAUCAUGAUGUCAGCUUUGUGUGUCUGCCUAAAUGACUCGUUGAUCCUGGUCCAGCGAAACACCCUGGAGUUCCUGCUGCUCGGCUUCCCCAUGCAUACGGUGCUGCUCUCUGAGGAUGAUUUAGUCAAACUAGUCACCAAUGGGCUCAAUACUAUACUGCGUAGAGACAUGUCGCUGAAUAGGAGAUUGUUCAGCUGGCUGUUGGGCAGCGAGGUGGCCAAAAACUCGCCUACCUAUGAUACCUUAUCGUUGGACACCUCAAACGCCCCCUUGGAGGAGGAACCGGAACCAUAUUUCGUUAAGCACUCGCGUCACAUUCUAAUCAGAGCGUUAAUCACCACCCUGCGACUGAGCUUGGAGUGUGCUCCGAUGGAUCUAAAGCCCUACAGGAUCAUGCUCUCCCUCCUUGAUAAGGCAGAGAUUGGCAGCGCAGUACUUGACUAUGUGCUCCAUGACAUUAUUCGAGCUAUGUACAUCUCGAGUGGCAACGCAGAGGCUUUAAAAUCUGCCAAUUUGCUGUUUGCCACCUUUGACCCAGCUUAUAUCUGGAGCUACAUGACCAACAUGUUUGAGAAAGCCUGCCAGCAGGCGAACUCCACGCAAGACAAAUCCCAGGCGGGUGAAACCCCCGGAAAAUAUGCAUGCGACGUGGGUUCCGGGGAUCCGUGUGUACUGGAGAUCUGCGUGCUGACAGAAUUCCUGCUGGAAACCGUUUCUCUUGAGAUGUACACGGAAACCACCAGGGUGUAUCUUCCCAAGGUGUUCCUGGCCAUCACUCAACUUCUGUCGUUACACAUGGAUCACGUGAGCAGUAACGAGAUCACGGCGUCGCUAAAGCUCUGCAUGAAGAUCGUUUCGAGGGUUCAGCCCAUGAUAACAAGUCCCAUAAAACUGAAUAAGCUGAUAGAGCAGAGCGGUGGCUCAUCGUCGGAUGAAAAGAUUACGAUGAAUUCGGCUAGUGAGGCCGGCAAGGCGGAAAUGGGAGUGCAGGGUAGUUCCCUAGAGAAGAGCAAGUCUGACUCUAGACUAAAUCAGUUUGCGGAAAAUACGCUGCACAGCGCAGAUCCCAACGAUGAAGAACUCAUCCGUCGUUCAGCGUCCAAUCAGAGUGUGGGGCGUCAAAGUCCCAACAAGAAGAAGGCUAAGUCAAUAUCUCGCCUUUCUGAGCUGGAUAAGGAUAUCAGUGCCUCGGACACUGGCCAGCAGUCAUCCUCAGAUCUGGACACUCCGCGGAGCAUAAAGAAGCUUAAGGCCAAGGCCAAGGUGCCAUUCAUAAGGAGCCCCAAAAAGCAGAGACCCAAGGAUAUUGUAUUGAUUCAAUCAAAUGCAUCAGCAGAAGUGGGAGAUGGACAUAGCUCAGAAGAGCCCAAAAGUGCGCCACCGGAUCAGACGCCGCAGUUCCAAUUGGAUGAGGAGAGCCGGGCUACCCAACAGCGUGGAUUCUCGAUUCUAGAGAAGUGCAUCCGACAGUAUGAGAUCUUUUUCGAGGUUUACUUGUCCCGAAAACUCCUUCAGAUCGAAUCGGAACCUAAGGAAUGCUCUGUUAAGGUUCAGCUACAGCGAACCACAAGCACCAUCCAUACUUCAAAUCUUUUCAUGGCUGAGCAGGUGCUGGAUCACGAGUGCCCAGUGAGGCAGUCACAAAUCGAGCGACUGUUUAACUUACUUCGCGUUGACAUUGUGCCGCGUUCCAAGCAGCUACAGCGAUUGCUCAAUCGAUCUUUGCCGCUGCCCGCCAGUGCUAGUGAGCUGAGUAGCGACAGCGAAGCGCAGGAAGAUAUGCAACAGAGCCGGCUCAUCGAUGGACAGACCCAGCGCAGUGUGCAACAACUAGCGGAGCUCCAGCUCAGUCUUUCUCUGCGCGGGGCUGUUAAGCUGGCGUCCACUCUACUGGUCGAGAUGUCAACCUUUCCCAACUGCAAUAAAAACGUCGUGCUGGAUAAAAAUGAGCCUGAGUUGCCCAACUGGUUGAAAGUCCUAUGCCUGGUGGCAUGCUUUGCCCAGAGCGACAAGGAGCUGCAAGUGGCUUCCAUAACAACAUUAUUCGAUCUAAUAAGCCUACUGCGCUCCCAAAUCGAGCACACGACUAGUCCCGGAGUCACCUUUGUAGUAAUGCUGCCGCUUUUAAAGUUCGGCCAUGUCAGCUAUAUGGAGCAGCACACGCGCGUCUUUCAAUUGGUCGGCUCCAUUUUGUGGGAUUACCUAGGAAGCGCAGGCAUAGAUCCUGCUCAAAUUGCAGCCCUCCUUCAUCAGCUACACAGCUGCCUCGAAAGCGGUCUGGUAGAAACGGUUAUCGGCAAUAGAAUGCAGUCGCAGCAUUUGCUUCAAAUGCAACCACAAUCGCGUUCAGACUUGGGAAAAGCAGCCAUACGCAACUUUCAAAUGGAGCGAUUGGCGGAAGCGCAGUUACUCUGUCCUACGGAGUCCACGGAAAGAUUAAGAGAGAGUCAGGCCCGGAGCUUCAAAAAGUUCGAGCUGCUGUGGCAUCUGGGCAGAGAUAAACAGACGGCGCGCGGUUUCGAAAAAACGCUCUUGAAAGUGCUGGACACCCUCGCACUACCACAUUACAUGUCCGAGCGCACUUUUGUGACCAACUGGCUGCAGGCAUCGCUCCUGCGUGGGGAUCUUGCCCGUCUGACCAAGCCUCUCUACAAGAUCCUACUUUCGGCCAGCUCCAAGCGCGUAGGCAUCGUCCACAUGCAGCAACUGUACCGUGAAUCGGAGACCGAGGUUACACCUGCUUUCGAGCGCGAUGUAUACGCCAUCAGUUCGGAACAAGGCAAUGUAAAAUACCAUCACAUGGAGACAUCCAGUGGGAGUAAGAAAAAGAGUCCCAUUAGAAACUUCCCAAAGAAGAUCUUUGGAGUCACAUUAAGUGGAGGAAAGGCGAACAAGGUAUCAAACUUUGUCAGCGACAAAUCAACUGUCGCCACUUGCGCUGAGGCAAGCCAGGAUAUGAACACCAUAGGUCUGAUAAUCAAUCCACUUGAGAAUGCCAACGACUUUGACGACGAAACGGAUCUGGAGGAGCCCCGUAUUGAGAUCCCACACAAGGAGACCCCGCUGGAACAGAAACUAGCCAGCGCAAUGGACGAGAGUGAGCAGCCUUCGCAGGAGCAACCAACUCAGCAACCAGAUCACAGUCUUCAAUAUGACCAGGAUAUCACAGACCAUUCGGACAGUAGCGAUUUUGAGUCGGACUCUGAGCUUCGCGAAACGAGCAUUGAAAAGGAAGACAGCCUCACCGUCAGUUCCAGUGCAGGAGUCAGUGAUGAUGUCAAGCGCUUCGUGGGCGAUUGUGAAAGUGUCACUGACGCCUUGACUCAGCACGAAAAGAUCAAGAGCCGCAAGACCUAUCGUUUAACCAGGGAGAAAACCCCAGGAGAAACCAGUCUUAACUCGCUCGAGCAGAAAGAUCACGAUAGUAUUUCUGACCUGCAGGCAGACGCGCUUCCCGCUGAUGAAUAUUUCAAGGAAGACAAGAAGCUGGGGAAGCGCAAGAAGCUGCUCACAUCUGGGGACAAAAAACGUCUAAGCUGCAUUUCAAAGACCUCCACUGACAGCAACAUCAGUGGCUCCCAUGUGGAACAACCAGAGCAGGAGGAAGAAUCAGAGCCCGCAACCGAAUCCACCAUCAAUGUAGAAGACAAACGACGUAACCUCAGCUUGGAGACCAGUAAGCUUCAGCCCGAUAUGCAGAAAACCCUAGAAAAGGGCAAGCAGAAUGUGGAGAUUCUACGGCAAAAUAAUGCAGCAGCAGCUGCUGCAGCGGCGUCGGCAGCAGCAGAGGAGCAGAUCAGUGUGCGCAGCUCAAUGAAGAGCACCGUUUCCCUGACAGAUGCGGCUCACCUGUACCACAACCACCUGCUGAUUUACCUGGCUAUUUACGACACCCGUCAGACCUUGUAUGCCCUGCAGACACUUCGCAACAUUAUUUGCUGCGACAAACGUACCUUUCUUUGCUUGUCAAUCACCACAUCCUUUUCGAGCGCUAGUCUGAAGCAGCUGCUCGUGCGCCAUCGGAAGAGCAUCUCCGGCAAAGGAUUUGAUGGCAGUGUAGGAAACUCCGAGUAUGCACAAGGAUAUCGUGGCUGCAUGCAACUGGAGCUGCUGGUCACGCUCUGUUUGUUCUACGCGCGUGGAUACUUUCAGAAAGAAUCGCUGGAUGCCCAGCGGCAGCCUCCAACACUGCAGGACAUUGUGAACAAUCGGAGGAUUCAGCUGGAGAGCAUCGAACUGCUGACCCUGAUCUGCUCAGAACUUAUAGAGAUAGUCAAGGGCAUGGGCAGGGGUCUGGCCAACUAUAUUGCCGAUUUGUUGGCACGCGCUAAGCUCCAGAAGGUGAUGCUGCACUGCCUCAACAGCUCUGUGUGCAGUUAUGGUCGUAGAGCCAACACUAACAGUGGAAGCUAUGCGGAGCAGGUGCUGAGCUUCAACGAUCCUCAGGAUGAUCAGCUGCAUGCAGACUGCUUCCAGCUUCAACUGCUACGUUUGCUGUUGGCUGUAAUCCGCCUGGAGCACGAGGUUCAUCAGCUCCGCCAGGAUACGCCACCCGCAGCUGGGGAGGACUCAGCUGGCAAUGCGUCGCCCACUCGCUUAGCAGAAGGAGCGACGGCCAAUGUGAAGUACCUUCCCAACUGUCUGAUUAGCCAGCAGCCGAUGUUCCUGGCCGCAGUGUUGGGUGCACUGCAGCAAGAACGGUUGCGCCACUUGCACCGCAACUGGACGGAUUUGGUGACGUCUUCGCUCAAUUGUUUUUCCUUUGGCUCACUCACGAACAUUGUGAUCAGCGUGGUGCAUCAACUGUGCAGCAAUCUCGACCGCAUUUCCAAGAUGGGUCUACCCCAGCAGCGACACUUCCCUCCGGACUAUGUGGUAUCCCAACUGGAGGCUCUAACCAUCUUGUGUCACUACUGUUUACUAGACAAUACGCAGCAGACGGCGUUGUCGCACCUGUUUAACCAAGCUUACCCGCAGACCAGCUCGUCGGCGCAGAGUUCCAGCACGGGUCAGUUACUCAACAGCAUCGUUCAUUCCUUCCUGUCGGCCAGUGAGUCCUCCACUUCAGCGCCGGCUCCAAGGAAUCCCCAACUGCAGGCUGCUCGCAAUGCGGUCCUAUCGCAUCUCCCAAGAAUAAUGAGCAGUGUGGCUGCCAUAUGGGACAGCGAGCUGGGACAAUUGCGACCGGUACGUCAGCAGCUUCUAGAGUUCCUAUCCCCGGUUUCCCUGCAUCACGGCUGCAACUUCCUCGCGGCUGUAGCUGUCACCUGGCAGCAGCGGGGAGUCGCAACAAAUAUGAGCGGAUUAAGCAUCGCAGAGCAGUUCCAGAAGAACUCCGUGCUACAGGCAUGUCCUGCCCAGCUUUCUUUGGUUUCACUAGUAUCCAGCAUACGUGUAAUGCCCAUGGACUCCUUCGUAAUGACAUUGCACCAUGUUGUGCGCUCACCGCCGCCAAUUCACCGGCCACCUGCCCAGCUCAGCAUUGAGGUGAGUGCUCUGGAGCUCUUCUACUUCUACAUGAAGUCGGCACCUGCGCCUCAAUUAGCGGAUGCCUGGAGCUCGCUGCUGGCCCUCAUCCGGGAUGGCUUGAAUCUGACACCACCGGCGCAGUUUGCUUUGCUGAUGCUGCUCAACGAGUUUGUCCAGCGCUGCCCGCAGAUGCCAUUCCAGGACAAGAAAGAAGUGCGUGAGCUUCAUGAUGUCACCUCUCGAUUGGUGGACUCCCUCUCCAGCGUGGCUGGAUCCUGUCUAGAGCAGACGACAUGGCUGCGUCGCAAUCUGGCCGUAAAAGAAGAUACCGAUGGGUUAGCGAAGGAUAACAGUGUUGGCGGCGGAGGUCUACAGCAAUAUUCGCUGCAGGCUCAGAGUGUUCUCGCAGCGAUACUCUCAAAUCUACUGGACGUGGCCUAUGGUUCGCAGGAGAAGGACAAGGUGGUGAACAUAGUGACGCCGCUGCUGUACAACAUUACUCCGUAUUUGAAGAACCACACUGCUCGCAACGUUCCCUUUUUCUACGCCUGCUCUGCUCUGCUGGCCAGCCUGAGUGGCUACCAGUACACUAGGAAGGCUUGGCGAAAGGAUAUGCUGGAUCUCUUGCUGGACAACGCCUUCUUCCAGAUGCAUCUCUCGUGCCUGCCGUUCUGGCGCAUGAUCAUGGACAGCCUGAUGACCUACGACAACACCACGUUCCGGGAGCUGAUGACCCGCGUCUCCCUCUCGCAGGCGGGCAGUCUGAACAUCUUUAGCUCCCGGGAUCAGGAGUACGAACAGCGGUCCAUGUUGCUCAAGCGACUCGCCUUCGUUAUCUAUUGCAGCGAGUUCGACCAGCACAACAAGUACAUGCCAGACAUCCAGGAACAAUUGGCCAACAGUCUGCGGCUGGUUCCCAUGGGUCCUUCCGUGCAAGCGGCCGUUUUCCUGUGCUUCCGCGUGCUGCUCCUUCGCAUGUCACCCGACCACGUCACCUCGCUGUGGCCCAUAAUCAUUGCGGAAAUGGUGCAGGUGUUUCUGCAAAUGGAACAAGAGCUCAAAUCGGAGAGCGAAGAGCGGAACCAACAAAUGCGCAUGCCUUCUGGGAUUGAUGUGUCCUGGUCCGCUGCUUCUGGCGCUAGCAAUGGUUACAAUUCGCAAACACCGAUGCAGCACUGGCGAUCUGUACAGUUGGAGGCCUGCAAGCUGCUUGAAUUGGGAUGUGUGCUGCCCGCCACCAAGCUGCCACAUUUCCAGAUGUAUCGAUGGGCCUUUGUGGGCACCGAGUUCGAUGUUCACGAGGAGGAGGUGCGCCUGCCAAACGGAAGCCUGGAGAACCUGGCAACCUUGCCCAGCGCCAUUUAUGUGCCGCACGUAAGGCGUGUGGCCAGGCUGAUGGACAUGAAGUACACCAGUCAGUCGCCGAUACUGCAACGCCCCAACAAUAGACACCUGAUGUUGCACUUUCAACAACUACAAUCGCUGCAAGAGCUGUACGCUUUUUUCACCACGCUUGGUAUCAGUUGUCCCCAGCCGCGUAACUUUGCCGACACCGACAACGAUGUGGCUAAUUGCUUGAAGGAGAUCGAAGAGCUGUUGGCAAACGAUUUUCUGGAGAAGCUGCCCAGCAUAACCACGCCGAGAUGAAAACCGGCCGUUGCCCACCGGCAGACACAGUCGCAGAUCCAAGCGAGUGGAUCACAAUUCGAGCUCAAGCUGAACCUCAACCUGGGUAUGGAGUCUGCCAUGGAGUCGGGCAGUGCUGGCCAGGCUGUGCGCAUUCUGGCCGCCGUGCAGGCUAAGCUAACUACCCAAAAUGCCGAGACGAGCUUUACGCAGUCGCAAAACAUCAAUAACAGCAGCAACAAUAAGAAGACCAACUUUCCAUUUUAUGUCUAAGUAAGCAGAUUGGAGCAGAAGACGAUGCCGAGUAUGAUAGCUAGCUAUAUAGAUAGAGAACUGGAUCCAGAGUAUAUAAUUGUCCGUAGUGUGAUCGAUCGUUUUAAAUGUUGAAUGUUUAAGAACGCGGUAGCCCAAUAGCCAAUAGCACCCUGUAUGUAUAUGUAACCAAUGUAUUUAACUGUUGAUAGUUGAUCCCGAGUCGAUGUGAGUAAGAGAUGUGCGUUAACGACAAACUGCAAUCAAAUAAACAACAAAGCAUUUUAUUGCAUACACUGA